AUGUCUCUCUCUCUCUCUCUCUCUCUCUCUUCUUGUUGUUGUUUCCUGAGGAUGAAGAUAGACUAGGACCAGGUUUGGGAUCCACUUUGAUCCAGAACCGAUCACAACAAAGUACCAGGGAAAGUUUUCUGUGCUCUUCACUUUCCAUGUGUCUAUGUGAGUAAUACCAUGUACGUCCACGAGAUGGCAGCAUUUCAUUCUAAAGCUUAUGAUUCAUCAGAUUCACCACAACAUGAAAUAUUCGCUCUCUCUCUCACACACACACACACACACACAGACUAAACAAAGUCUCAUCACUAACCUUAACCAUAACCAGUUAAUAACUAACACUAACCUUAACUCAAAUCUUAGUCCUAAACUUUAACAAGUUCCUCUGCCUCAUUAAGACCAGGUUUUGGUCUCCAUGAGGACUACAGGUCCUGUCUUCACACACGCGAGGUGAGCUUGUUUUGUUGACGUGUGGGCGUGGUUGCAGUGACAUUCGCGUGAUGUGGGCAGGGCCUAACGGCCCCUGGGUUUAUUUAAAAGCGUUGGGGGUCCCUGCGCAGACACAAGCGAGUUCUCCCAUCCAUCCAUCCAUUCAUCCAUCCAUCCAUUCAUCCUUUCAUCCCAACUGAGGAGGAUGUCAAACUCGGACAGGCUGGUGCUGGCGCUGGGAGGAGCGGGGACAGUUGGCUCCGGGAUUGUCAAAGCUCUGCUGGACAAAGGGUUUAAAGUGGCAGUCAUCUCCAGAGACAACGGCCGACUGGACAGACUGAGGACGUUCAUCUCCCCAAACACUAAAGACAACCUCUUCACUAUAGUGGGGAAUGUGGGGACAGAGGACGGAGCGGAGCAGGCCAAGAAGGAGCUGCUGGAGUCAGUGGGGAAGGUGACGGACGUGGUUUCAUCUCUGGGCUUCAGCUGGUGGCAGGGAGGACCUCCACACAGCCAGACCCUCAAAGACCUGCACUGGGUGAUUGACACGUUACUUUACAGCACGUUUGUGUCGUGGAAGGCUUUUUUCCCUCUGGUGCGCGACGACUCCAGCUGCACCUACACCUUCAUCACAGGAGGAGCAGAAAAGCUGCUGAUGCCUGGAACAGGUUUCCUCACAGUGGGAGCAGCCAGUGCUCUGUCCUUCUGUCAGAUUCUGAGAGAAGAAUAUCCUCAACUGCCCUGUAAACUCAACCAGGUGAAGAUCAACGCAGGUGUGGCUGCUCCCGAUCGCAUGGCGCCUGGUUACCUGGACCACCUGGACCUGGGCGUGGCCGUCGCCAGCCUUGUGGAAAAGCCAAACUCCUCCCACUCCGUCUUCACCGUCAGCUGUCCCACAGACUUAAAGACGGUGCUGCUGGACAGAAAACUGUAGACGUGGAAACUCGUCGUCCACCGACGCGAUGCUGACGUCCCAGCAACACAUUUAUGCUUCUCACUGAUGAUGAAAUGUUUACGUGGUUGUUUCCUCUUUAACUUUAAUCUGUGUAUAUAUACACAGAUAUAUAUAUAUAUAUAUGUAUAUGUAUGUAUAUAUAUAUAUAUAUAUAUAUAUAUAUAUAUACAUACAUACGUAUAUAUACAUAUGUAUGUAUAUAUACAUGUAUAUAUGUAUAUAUAGAACACCUGCUCAUUGCUUCUACAUAAAUAUCUUC